AUGGAGUCGAGAAAAAACUCUGAUCGUCAAAUACGUAGAGGUGGUGAGAGGAUGAAGACAAGGUCACCGUCUGUGAUAGUUGUCGGAAGUGGUUUUGCUGGAAUCUCAGCUGCUCGCACUCUUCAAGAUGCUUCCUUUCAGGUUACGGUACUGGAAUCACGUGACAGGAUUGGUGGACGAGUCCACACUGAUUACUCAUUCGGUUUUCCUGUUGAUCUUGGUGCAUCAUGGCUGCACGGAGUGUGCAAAGAGAAUCCUCUGGCACCAGUAAUUGGGAGACUAGGACUGCCUUUGUAUCGUACCUGCAGUGGUGACAACUCGGUCUUGUAUGAUCAUGAUCUUGAGAGCUAUGCUCUGUUUGAUAAGGAUGGGAAUCAAGUUCCUCAAGAGUUAGUAAGAGAGGUUGGAAAAACAUUUGAGCAGAUUUUGGAACAGGUAUGUGUCUUUUCAUUCUUUCAUAUUCUGAUUCCUGUGUUAGUCCUAACUAGAUUUUUUAUUUUGAAACUGCAGAUCAGAAAAGUCAGGGAUGAGGAGGAUGCAGACAUGUCAAUAUCUCAGGCUUUCUCAAUUGUGCUUUCAAGGAAACCCGAGUUGAGGUUGGAGGGGCUUGCACACAAUGUGCUUCAAUGGUACUUGUGCCGCAUGGAAGGAUGGUUUGCUGCCGAUGCUGAUACCAUCUCUGUACAGUGUUGGGACCAGGAGGAGCUUCUUCCUGGUGAACAUGGUCUUAUGGUUAGAGGGUAUCGUCCUGUCAUCAAUACCUUGGCCAAAGGGCUAGAUAUUCGACUAAGCCAUAGGGUUACUAAGAUCGUAAGGCAGUAUAAUGGAGUGAAAGUAACGACAGAAGACGGAAAAACAUUUGUUGCGGAUGCUGCAGUGAUCGCUGUUCCUCUAGGUGUCUUAAAAUCCGGAACAAUAACAUUCGAACCGAAGCUACCAGAUUGGAAACAAGAAGCAAUCAACCAACUCGGAGUAGGAAUCAUGAACAAGAUCAUACUCCAUUUCGAGAAAGUCUUCUGGCCACAAGUAGAGUUACUAGGAGUAGCCGCUGAAACCUCCUAUAAUUGCAGCUACUUCUUGAACCUACACAAGGCCACAGGCCACCCGGUUCUAGUCUACAUGUCGGCUGGUCAGCUCGCCAAAGACAUUGAGAAAAUGUCAGAUGAAGCAGCUGCGAGUUUCGCCUUCAUGCAGCUCAAGAGAAUCUUUCCAGAUGCUAUGGCUCCGGUACAGUAUCUUGUGUCGAGGUGGGGGUCUGAUGUGAACUCAUUGGGGUCUUAUAGCUAUGAUGUUGUGGGACAACCUCAUGAUCUAAGCGAGAGGCUUAGGGUUCCAGUGGAUAACUUGUUCUUUGCUGGUGAAGCUACGAGCUCGAGUUUUGGUGGAUCGGUUCAUGGUGCUUAUUCGAGUGGAAUUAUGGCUGCUGAAGACUGCAUGAUGCGUGUGUUGGAUUUGUUUCAGCUUGUGAUGGGUGAAGAAGGACCUGCCUCUGUUCCGCUUCUUAUAUCUCGUCUCUAA